AUGCUAUCAUCGCUCUCUUUGUUUCUAUGCAAACCUAUUUUCAAGGCCUCCCCACAGAAGCAAGGCUUGGUAUCUUUGCUGGUUCCACGAUUUCUCUUGAAAACUAGUACUAAUAUUGUUCUUGGAAGUAGUAGAGCGAGAGACAACACAACAAAUUUAUUUAAGGAGCAAUUCCGAGCAUUUUCUUCUUCGAGAGUAAAGUAUGAACAAGAAAGAGCAGCAAACCCUUUCGAACAAAAUCUUUUACAAGGAAUUCGUAGUUUUUUGAAAGAUACUCAAGAUUGCUUUGCAUCUGGAGAUGCCAUCCAAACACAAAAGAGAUAUGAACAAAUGUACAACACGUUAAACAAAUCUAGCUUGGUAUCUUCACCAGACGCACAAAACAUUAUUGAUGAUUUGAUAAAAGCAUCAGUUGCACAUAUUACACAAAUUGAAAAAGCCUUUCAGAAAAAAAAGGAAAAUAUAAUUUUCCCUCUCUAUAAACUGUAUUGGAAAGCAGCAACUGUGCUACAAGCAAUCGGAGAUGUCGAAAAAGCACUCAAGCUCAUUAGUAAUUCUUUAGAUAUUGUUCCAAAAGAUAAUUCUGAGGAACUCCCUCAAAUCAAAAUCGUCAAGGCUAGUAUUCUCAACAGUAUGGGUCUUCACGAUCAAGCAUUUGAGCUUCACACAAAAGCAAUCACUGAAAUUGGACCAAAAGUCACAUGGAAAAAUGGAAGUGAGGCAGCUAUUGCUUUUCAUGAAUUAGGAGAAUAUUAUUUAGGAGUGAAGGUCGAAACUGCAAAAGCCAUCCAAAGUUUCGAGAAAGCUCUUUCUAUCUGUGAAGGUUUUUAUGGAUGGACAACUCCUCAAACUACAAAAACUGCAAUAAUUCUCAGUAGAUUAUAUUUGGAAACGAACAAAGUAGAUUUUAGUAUAAUACUUGGUGAAAAGGCUCUAGUAGGAAUAGAACUGUUCCUUGACAGCUAUGAAGCUCCAUUCAUUACAAUUACUGGUGCCUAUCUAGCCAGAGCUUACGAAAGAAAGGGUUUUUUACCAUUCCAACAAUCUACAAUUACAAAAGUUUACAACAUUCUAAGAAGGAAAAAAGCAGAAACAGAUUCUCAAACUUAUAUGGAGUGUGUUUUCAAGCUUGAAAAUAUGAUGGGCUCAUGUAGAUACCUGCAAGGUCAUUUGAAACUUGCUGAUCAAACUUUUUCAAAACUGGAUCAACUCGCUGAAUCUGUUAUGCCUGAAUGGCUUAAGAAAGACCCUGAGGAAGCAAAAUUUGAAUUGGCAUAUAUGAAAUAUUUCAAAGGAGUGAGUAAAAUUGGGUUGAAGGAGACAAGCGAAGGUGUUAAAGAGCUGGAACAAGCAAAGGCCAUCUUUUUGAACAUUGAGAGACACGAUUGGGCGAACCAUUGUGAAGAAUAUAUCAAUAAUAAAUCCAAGUAA